AUGGCAACCCGUUCCCGGACAGCCUCUCGAGCCCAAUCCCCUUCAAUUCGGGACACCUGGAACCCCAGCUUCCGCCAACCUCCUCUGUCGAAUAGGCAAGUUGAACGCCUCGAGCGAGAAAUUGCUGAGAUCAAGGAAGCAGGGAUCGAAACAAGGACCAACGUCGAAAAUUUCCCAAACCGUCGAUGUUGUCAAGGAUGGGCUUUGAAGCCUCCAGCUCCAAGGCCCUCGUACCCUGAAGGUCCCCAGCCAAAAGCCGUGGAAGAAACGCCACGUCCCGUACCAAAAACUGAACCUACUGGAACGGUUAGUGGGCCCUCCUUCUGGCCAGAACAGCCACGAGGCCUCCCUGCCUUUGCACAACCAACCCCGAAGAGAGCAGCACCCCCGCGAGUCCCAUCUCCCCCUCCAUCUCCGCGUCUCCAAUCCCCCAUCGGAGCACCUGCCCCUCCUUUCCCGGCUCCAGUUGCCGCCUAUCCCGCCCCGGUCAAAGUAGACCACCCAGACGCCUAUACAGGCAAGAUCGGGAGCAAAGCCAAGCAGUGGCUUACAAGGAUGCUGGCCUGGACCCGGCUGAACUCACGCAUGUUUCCCACGGACCAAGAAGUCCUAUCCUUCCUUCUGAUGAACAUGAAGGAUUCCGCGGGAGCAUGGGCCCACCCUCACCUUGACCAGCUCGGGUCCACCGGGCAAUCAUCCAAACGGUUGAAGGGGCCGCCGAGCGGAAAAAUCACCACCCUCACCCAGUCCGGCACAUGUGCGGACUACAUUACAAAGUUCAGGACCUUAGCAAUGGAGCUGGACUGGAACAACGCGGCCCUUCGAGGCCAGUUUGCCCAAGGCCUCCACUGGGAGGUCAGCCGUCAAAUCGCAACCCGCAAGCAUCGCCCCCGCACCCUUUUAGAGCUGCAAAAUGCAGCACUUGUCAUUGAUAACGCCCUCCGUGAGGAGCGUGCUAGCCAUCCGCCAAAGGAUAGUAAGUCUAGCAGACCAUCCAACCCCGCAAGGGGGACGAGUACCGGCCAGUCAAGCACCGGUUCUAAGAAGCUCUCCGACGACCCAAACUUUGUGUCGGAAGAAGAACGGAAUCGCCGCCGCGCCGCUGGCGCCUGCAUCAAGUGCGGCAAAAUGGGCCACAAGUUUGCGGAAUGCCGCACGGGCUGGAAGGCCACCCCUAUUGAGGAAAAGGGGAAGGCCAAGGAAACCGCCAAAAUUGGCAAAGACUCCAAGUACCAAUUGGGAAAAGAUCAUGCGGCCAUCCUAGGUUUAAAGUGGUUAGACGUCAUAACCCAGAAAUUGAUUGGAACACGCGCACCCUAUCCUUCCCACACACCGCCGGAAUAUGUGGCCAUUGCCGAAGAGGAAGAAGCUGAUCAAAACCCCCUCGAAGGAGUACCCUCCAAAUACCACCAAUAUGCCAAGGCAUUACACAUUGGCAUUGAACUUACCAAAGAAGGCCCCCUCAAUUCUCCCCUCUACAGUAUGACAGAUGCCGAGUCUGCCACACUAAAAGAUUGGCUCAGGGAUGAGUUGAAAGCAGGGAAAAUCUGCCCUAGCAAAUCUUCAAUUAGUUCCCCCGUCAUGUUUGUUCCAAAGAAGGACGGCUCCCGCCGCUUGGUCGUUGACUAUCGUCGCCUUAACAACCGGACAAAAAAGAAUGUAUACCCGUUACCCCGCCCAGAUGACCUUAUGGCCCAGCUCCGUGGCGCCAAGGUCUUUACCAAACUAGACCUAAGAUGGGGUUACAACAAUGUCCGAGUCAAAGAAGGUGACAAAUGGAAGACCGCCUUCCGCACCAAGUACGGCCUCUACGAGUCCCUGGUCAUGACAUUUGGGUUGACAAACGCUCCUGCUGCCUUUCAGCACUUCAUGAACAAAUUGUUCAAAGACCUCCUGGACCACGUUCACAAAGUCUUACGGCGUCUCAUGGAAAACCAACUGUUCUGUAAGGCAUCCAAAUGCACGUUCCACGUUACCUCGGUGGAAUACCUAGGAAUCAUUGUCUCGGAUAAGGGAUUCAGCUUGGAUAAGCUCAAAAUCCAGGCGGUCCAAGAAUGGCCCACUCCCUCCAAGGUUAAGGAAGUCCAAUCCUUCCUUGGGUUCGCCAAUUUCCUACGCCGGUUUGUAGCCAAUUUUAGCCACAUGGCCCGCCCACUGCACAAUCUGGUUAAGAAGGACACAAUUUGGAAAUGGGGAACCAAGGAACAGGAAGCUUUCCAAGGGAUAAAAGACGCAAUUACCAAUGCCCCCGUUCUUCGCCAUGCGGAUCCCACCAAACCCUAUUUCCUAGAGACAGACGCCUCAGGGGCUGCCCUGGGAUCCAUACUCAGCCAACGACAGGAAGACGGACGCCUCCAUCCCCUAGGCUUUCUAUCCGAGUCAUUCAAAGGUGCCGAACAGAACUAUGACACCCACGACAAGGAACUGUUAGCCAUCAUACGCUCCUUCAAGUACUGGCGCAUUUUCCUGGAAGGGACCGCUCACCCUGUUACCGUAUUCACCAAUCACCGCAACCUGGAGUACUGGAAGGAGUCCCGGACAUUCAACCGCCGCCACGCUAGAUGGCACCUACUGCUAGCAGGGUAUAACUUCCAAAUUGUUUAUUGCCCAGGAAAACAGUCAGGGAAACCCGAUGCCCUCUCACAACGUGCAGAUCAUGCCAACAUUCCACCCGCCGCCCAGACUAUGCUCCCUGACCCUGUAUUUGCCAACGUAGCCCUAGUAACUCCCAAAAAGGAACUCCAAUGCCAGAUUGAGGGUGCCUUGGACCAAGACAAAUCCCUGGAGGAAAUACUGCAAUUCCUCCAGAACGAGUCAAAGGCACCACCUUCCAUCAAACAAGCAUUUAAGGACUACAAAAUGGAAGCCGGGUUAUUAUUCUACCAAGGACAAAUUGUAGUACCAGAUGUAGGCACCCUAAGGACGGACUUGCUACAAAUAUUCCACAACAGUCCCUUAGCUGGACAUCCUGGUAGACAACGAACCCUGGAAUUGGUCUUGCGUAACUACUACUGGCCUGGCAUCCGUGCGGACACUUAUUGGCACGUGGACUCCUGUGAAACAUGUCAACAAAUUAGGAAGCCCAAGUAUGCGUCCAUUCCACCUCAGCCUCUAGAACUCCCAACCAGACCCUGGCAGCACGUUUCUUACGACAUGAUCGUUGACUUACCAAAAGACGGAAAUCACGAUUCAAUCUUGGUCAUCAUUGAUAGCUUCACCAAGUACGGGAUAUUUGUCAAAUGCUCUAAGAAACUGAAAGCCCCAGAACUAGCGGAAUUAUUCCUGGAACACGUAUGGAAACGGCAUGGCAUGCCCAAAAAAACGGUCUUGGAUAGGGGGAAGGUGUUCAACAACAAGUUCCUAAAGGCACUGUACAAACGUCUGGGUAUAGACCCUCACUUCUCCUCAGCGUAUCACCCCCAAAGCGACGGACAGACGGAACGAGUCAACCCAUCCAUCGAACAUUUCCUCAGAGCAUACUCAGGAGUCAACCAACAAGACUGGACCAGAUGGCUACCAAUGGCUGAAUUUGCCUAUAACAACGCGGUCCACAGUAGCACGGGGAAAACACCGUUCAAAGCCCUGUAUGGAUGGGAGCCUUCCCUGACACCUUCUAACAUACCCACGGAUGUACCAGAAGCCAAUGACUUAGCCCAAACCAUGGAAAAACAGUGGAAGGAGGUUGAAUCUGCCCUCCGACAAUCAAAGGCAAGAAUGACCGCCGGAGAAGAAGGUAGCCCAAUAGAGUUCAAAUUAGGGGAAGAGGCCUGGCUGGACGCAAAAAAUGUAAACCUCAAGACCCUGAGCCCGAAGCUAACGGAACAACGCUUAGGGCUGUUCAAGGUUACCAAAAAAAUCUCCGACCGCGCCUACCAACUCGAACUACCUCCAACCAUGCGCAUCCACAACGUAUUCUAUGUGGGACUCCUGUCAAAAGUUAAGAGGGAUGACAAACGCGUUUUUGAAAACCGCCCUCCACCAAUCACCGUGGAUGGGGAGGAAGAAUACGAGGUCGAAGGGAUCACGGACAUGGAAGAAAGGGACGGGAAAUGGUUCUUUAGGGUGAAAUGGAAGGGCUAUGGAUCAGAAGAACACUUGGGAACCAAGGGAAAACCUCAAGAAUGCCGAAAAAAUCCUAAAGAAUUUUGA